AUGAGUGGAAAAGAGUGGAGUUUGAAGGAGAAGAAGAUGGUGUUGGUGGCGGCAGAGGGAAAUCUGGUGCUGCUGGUGGAGUUAAUGGCAGAUUUUGGGUCGAAUACGCUAGAUAAAUCAGCUUUUGUUUUGAGCUCUGCUGGUGGAGUUAAUGGCGGCUUUACUGGUAUCAAUGUCGAAAGCCAGGGUGGCAGUGGUGGAGGAAGGCGUGAUUCCGGUACUUGUGGAAAUAGUGGAGGUGGGAACUCAAUGGCAGAAGGAGAUUGCAUUGUGUGCGAUGUUGGAAGAGGCGGAAGAAUGAGUGGAAAAGAGUGGAGUUCAAAGGAGAAGAAGAUGGUGCUGGUGGAGGCGGAGGGAAAUCUAGUGCUACUGGUGGAGUUAAUGGCAGAUUUUAGGUCGAAUACGGUAGAUAGAUUGGCUUUUGUUUUGAACUCUACUGGUGGAGUUAAUGGCGGCUUUACUGGUAUCAAUGUCGAAAGCUAG